GACUGCAUUUCAUACCCUGUUGCCAGAAGUUUGUACAGAUAGUAUAUUUAAUCUUCUAGAAUAGCCUACAGCCUCUUGUCUUUUCUUUGGGAUCUCUCCAGAGACUAAGAUUGACAGCUUUGCAGGGUAAGGCCAAGAUGUACCACUUACAAGGCCCCCAAGUGCUGCAGAUGCUAAAGAAAUCCUUGAGGAAGAGCCUCCCUGAGUCCUUAAAGGUUUAUACAACUGUCUUCCACAUGAACCAGGGAAACCCGUUCAAGUUAAAGGCCGUGGUGGACAAAUGGCCUGAUUUUACAACAGUGGUUAUCCGCCCUCAGGAGCAGGAAAUGACAGAUGAUUUUGAUCACUACACCAACACCUACCAAAUCUAUUAUAAGAAUCCCACAAACUGCCAAGAAUUCCUUGGUGCAUCAGAUGUCAUCAAUUGGAAGCAACAUUUGCAGAUCCAAAGUUCACAGUCCAGCCUGAACGAGGUGAUACAAAAUAUUGCAGCUGCUAAAUUGGUCAAGGUCAAGCAAGAUCAAGCCAUUAUGUAUAUGAUGGCUGAGACAGCAAGUAAACUGAUCCCUUCCCUGCUGGAGGCAAAGAACUUACCUCCUAAAUCUGGCAGACCCAAGGCCAUGUGA